CAGAACCCCUAGAGGCCUGUCUGGCUCCGCCCAUGUCUAUGGCCUCCAGGUUGGAAGCCCCGCCCUUCCGAGGAGUUCCCAAAACCCUGCGCGGCAGUCUUUGACCACGCUAAAAUGGCGACUCCCAUGCAUCGGCUCAUAGCCCGGAGACAAGCUGAAGCAAAUAAGCAACAUGUAAGAUGUCAGAAAUGCUUGGAAUUUGGACAUUGGACUUAUGAAUGCACAGGAAAAAGAAAAUACCUACAUAGGCCCUCAAGGACAGCAGAACUAAAAAAAGCUUUAAAAGAAAAAGAAAACAGAUUAUUAUUACAACAAAGCAUUGGAGAAACCACUGUAGAAAGAAAGACCAAGAAAAAAAGGUCUAAGAGUGUGACCAGUUCAAGUAGCAGUAGCAGUGACAGUUCAGCCAGUGAUUCUUCAUCAGAAAGUGAAGAAACAUCUACCUCAUCCUCCUCAGAGGACAGUGACACUGACGAAAGCUCCUCUAGUUCCUCAUCCUCAGCCUCCUCCACAACCUCUUCCUCCUCCUCUGAUUCAGACUCAGAUUCCAGCUCUUCUAGUAGCAGCAGCACCAGCACAGACAGCAGCUCUGAGGAUGAACCACCAAAGAAGAAGAAAAAGAAAUAGUUGUUCCAUCCAUAUUGGACUGAUGGACUGAAAACAUUAAUGUGAUUCUCGAAAGGGAAUUUAGAAUAUGUUAAGGCCAAAUAGGUUAACUGAUGAACAUUUUUAGAAUUCAAAAGUUUCUAAAUGUUUUACAUUGCAAGAGCAUAGAGUAUUAAUAAUGAAUUAUAUAUAGAGAGAGACUUUUUUAUUUGAAGGGUGAAUCUUGUUUUUCUUUUUUAUCUUUAAAAUAUAUCUCUAGAACUUAAUCAAAGCUGAAAUCUCCAAAUCUGUUUGUGUGAUGAAACUGUCUUUUCUUUUUGUGAAAUAAAUGCCAUACUUUGUUAUAUAUGUUAGUGGUAUAUGCCAGACAGGGUGGUGCAUCAGAAUAUUUGGCAGUGAAUUUCUAAUGCUUUUGGCUAUGUGUUACGUAAGAUUUAAUAUGUUGUUACUGUAAGCUUAGGAGUUUUCUUAUUGUUAAUAAAUGUGCUCUAUUUUUACAUUUAUGUUCAGAAAGUUAUUCUGAUGUUUUGUCCUAAGUGGUAUGUUCAAGGAGCCUAUUAAUAUAGUUUCUGAAUGCUACAGUUUUCAAGUUGCUGUGUUACCUCAUUCAUUUUCUUCUGGUUCCUUAAGUUUUUCAAGUUAUCCUUUUCUGAGGAAAAUUAUUCUAGAGGAACCUAAAAAGGGAUAAAAAAUCUGAAACUACUUAGGAGUCUAAUCUCGGUGCCUUCUGAUAAAGUCAGUGUAUCAGAAAAGAAAGCAGCCAUGUAAGAGGCUAACUUUAAGUAGAAGUGCUAGAAAUAUCUUUAUGUAUUACAUGCAAUAAAAGGUACCAUUCAAAGCGGGGGAAAGGUAGGAGGAAGAGGUAAUUUUUACUGCAAAUUAGGGCAGCCUCGGUCACCUUUUAUUAAAAGCUUUUUUAAGCUUUCAUAAAGAUUGCCUUUUGUUAUUUUUGCAAUUAUGGUAUUAUAGUUUAUAUGCUAACUAGUCAUGUAACAGUCUACUGCAUAAAUAUGAAUGACUAGGAUUAAUCUGGUGUGUUUACAUAGGAUAUACAUAGUGGAAAUCUAGCAUAAAAGGUUAAAAAGGAAAUACUGCACAAUAUUUCUUAAAAGUAAAAUGCUGUUAUUGUGGCGAGACACUUUGGUUUAACAUCACAGUAUUCUGUGAUGUCUUUUUAACUUUUUGGAAAGAGGUAUCAUUUGUAGAAAAAUUUUGAUUUGGGUUAAAUAUAGGUUUUUAAAAUUAUAAAUGUCUAUUUUUAUGAAAAAGCAGUAGAAAAUUACUUUUGAAGAAAAUGAGCUAUUUAAAUAUUAAAAUAUAUGUAUGUUGUGAGUUUAGGGAACCUGUAAUUACUUGUCAGUUUUACAAAACCAUCUGUGUUCAGUGGUUGUAAAUAAAUUCUCAAAACAUGAUUUCAAAAGCUGCCUACAGAAUAUUAUCACUUGACAGAUAAAGUUAAUAAAUUACCAAUCAGGCACAUUUGAUAAUGUUUGUCUCUGUAAAGGUAAUGUUAGCAGUUAAAGAACAUGGAUGAGAAAAGAAUGUGUUACAUAGGUUGCAUCACUUGCAGUUAAAUAAAACUCACAAUUUGUGCUCACAAGCUU